AUGCUUCAAAACGAAGUUGCAACAAUGCAAUUCAUCAAGGAACAUUGCAGCUUACCAGUGCCAGAGAUCUUUGCCUAUGAAUCUGACGAGGACAAUCCGGUGAGGACCGCUUAUAUACUGAUGGAGCUGCUCCCGGGCAGCGUUGCUAUGGACGCGGCAGGCGGCUACGACACCCAUCGGGGUGUGAUACCGAAAGAGCACCGACAAAACUUCUACCGCUCUGUCGCAAAGUGUCAUGUCCAGAUGACUUCAUUACGAAUGCCGAAGAUUGGGACGAUUGUCCGGAACAGCGAGGGCGGAUACGAAUGUGGACCUAUACCAGGAAUCGGCGGUCCGUUCGACACAGCAACGGCAUUCUUCGAGGCGUGGGCCGACAGCGUCAAGUUUAAGUGGGACAAAGAGACAAUCACACGCAUGAUGCAGGGAGCUCCAAUCCCCGCGGAACAGAUGGUGGCGAGCAUCGAGAACUUCCCAUCGCAGAUCAAAGCGAUGGCUAGCCGGCUGUCCUCAUGUAACGAAGGGCCAUUCCCUCUAGAUCAUGAUGACUUCCUCCAUAGUAACAUCAUGGUGGAUGAGGAUACCUUCGAUGUCACGGGAAUCAUUGAUUGGGAAGGUGCAUAUACAGUGCCCCAUGAGCUCAUCGGGUUCCCCGAAUUCCUUUCAUGCAUGCCCGCGUCCUUCGACCUGCCUCAGAAUUAUGACCAGGAUGGGCAGCCGGUCGAGGAGUUUGUGCGAGAAAGGUGGCGUGAGCGUGGAGAAUAUAUCGAAAUGGUCAAAUCGGCCGAGCUUCAAGAUAGCCUCCUCUCGGCUUGUCUCAGCAGCAAGAGGAAUCAAGCUAUAGCGUAUUGUUAUGGGGCAUAUACUAGUGUUGGAAAGCUAGGUCUUUACGAUCAAGUUAUAUUAGAGAUAGAGAGGGAGGAAUAG